CAUUGCCAUGCUGUGAGACUUCAGCUUCAGCAGAUAAAAAUCUUAGAAGGGUACCGUCAUCUUUUGUUAAGAUGGAAAACUGCCUCUCUGGCAGUGUUUAUGGAAUAAUUAACUUAUCCACAGGAUCGUCCUUGAAUUCCUUCUCUUUUAUAAUGUUUUUUUGUGAGGACAGGCAAGUAAUUCAAAGAGCAGAACUUAUUUUUAGUUUUAGUCUGGGCCUGAAAUAAACCAAGAAGUCUGAGUCGUGUUACGAUAAACAGGGAGUAAAACAGAGACAGGAAAUAGGGGGUCUUUGGUAAUGAGUUCCAGCCUCUCUUGAAACAGAAAGCCAGGGAAAGCAUUACUUGAAAAUAGUUUCUCAGUGACAGCUUAAUAAUUUUAGCUUGUUAUUCAACAUUAAAAGAGAACAGUUUCUGCAGAUUUAUACUGUUCUUGAAAGAUCUUUUUUAAAUAUCAUUUAGCAAGUUGUAUUUUUGAUGUUUUUAGAGUUACGUUGUCCUCGUUGCUAACCGAUCUGCUGUUUAAAAAAACCAGAUGUUUGGGGGAGAGUCUGAAGUUUAUACAGUUGUGCAUUGUAUAUACAUCUGUGAGAAGCAUUUGGGAUAAGACUGGGACAGAGGCAGUAGAUUUAGCUUGAAAUGCGAACAUACAUUCAAGACUUUAGAAGCUGAGGGGUUGAAAGGGGAAGAAGUCACAGCUAUAUCCUGUAGAACAAAGCAGUGCGCUUGUUUCCAAAAGUUUCUUUUAACCCUGGGAAUGUGACUGCUGAGAUGGGCCCAAAGCAUGGAUGGUGAGAUUGAUAUUUACAAGCACUUCACGUGGCUAAAGAGGUCACAGGUGAAUCAUCAUUCAUCUGCUAAUAAUGAAACCUAUCAAGAAAGAUUGGCACGAUUAGAAGGUGAUAAAGAGUCUCUCAUACUGCAGGUGAGUGUUCUUACAGACCAGGUGGAAGCUCAAGGAGAGAAAAUCCGGGACUUAGAAAUCUGUCUUGAGGGACAUCAGUUGAAACUGAAUGCUACAGAAGAAAUGCUUCAACAGGAGCUGCUAAGUCGAACAUCACUAGAGACUCAGAAAUUGGAUCUAAUGGCUGAAGUUUCAGACCUGAAAAUUAAGCUGGUUGGUAUGGAGAAGGAACAGAGUGAAUAUGAAGAGAAACAAAACAAAGCUGAGGGUUUGCUACAGGAACUUAGACACCUCAAAAUUAAAGUGGAAGAACUGGAAAAUGAAAGAAAUCAAUAUGAGUGGAAAUUAAAAGCAACUAAAGCGGAGAUAGCCCAGCUUCAGGAGCAAUUAGCUCUCAAAGAUGCAGAAAUUGAACGCUUACAAAGUCAACUAUCUAGGACCUCAUCACAUAGCGAAGUUGCAGAAAGAGAUCAAGAAGUUCAACGGUUGAAGAUAGGAAUGGAAUCAUUAUUGGCUGCAAAUGAAGAAAAGGACCGCCGAAUAGAGGAGUUAACACUAUUGCUAAGCCAGUACAGAAGGGUCAAGGAGAUAAUGAUUGCAGCUCACGGCUCGUCAGACAGAAUUGUCUCUGGUGGCAAUGAAGAGGAACUUGAGGCAACUUUAAGGAAAUGGAAUCUUUUGAACAAUCCUCAAGGAGAUCUAUUUAAAUCAGAGGCCUCUUCAGGAGAAUUGCCACCAGCUAUGUUAUCUCCAGUGCCACACAAAGCUACAGAAAUCAGUGGAACCAUUCCAGUAUCUUCAACUAAUCUAACCUCUCCACAAGAAGAAACUUUGGAAAUCCUAAAUAGGGUUCCACAGAAAAAAAAAUCAAGUAGUUUAGAAGAUUUGCAGAGUGAAUCCCUGGAAAAGUAUGUAGACGGAAAACCAGCACAGCCUGUUGUAGAACAAGAGACUAAGCCACUUGUGAAAGGCAGCAAAUACCAAACAUUGCCAGGAAAACUUCCUCGACCCUCACAGAAUGGAGACCAAGGAACAUAUAACGCGUCAAAUUCACCAGACACGUGUGGCAUGAACGACAGUGAGGACAACAGCAUCCUGGGCCUGAGAGAAACAGAGAACGUGGAUGGUACAGUAGUCUCAGAUGACCUUUCACCUCUUUCUUCUGGAACGGAUUCAGGUCCACAGUCUCCACUGUCUCCAGAAAAUAGAAAGAGUCCAAAAGGGAUCAAGAAAAUCUGGGGAAAAAUAAGAAGAACUCAGUCUGGUAACUUCCCUGCAGACGAUCUGGGUUUGGCAGAGUUUCGAAGAGGCGGUCUCCGUGCAACAGCUGGACCUCGGUUAUCCAGAUCAAAGGAAACCAAAGGCCAGAAAAGUGACUACAAUGCUCCGUUUGCUCAGUGGAGCACUGAGAGAGUUUGUAACUGGCUUGAGGACUUCGGUCUAGGGCAGUACGUCAUUUUUGCACGGCAGUGGGUGACUUCAGGCCAUACACUAUUAACUGCAACACCUCAGGACAUGGAAAAGGAAAUGGGAAUAAAGCAUCCACUGCACAGGAAGAAAUUAGUUUUGGCCAUUAAAUCAAUAAAUGCAAAACAAGAUGAGAAAUCUGCACAACUCGAUCAUAUCUGGGUGACACGCUGGCUUGAUGACAUUGGUUUACCUCAGUACAAAGACCAGUUUCAUGAGUCCAGAGUUGAUGGGAGAAUGUUGCAGUAUUUAACUGUGAAUGAUCUUCUCUUUCUGAAAGUCACCAGUCAGCUGCAUCAUCUGAGUAUUAAGUGUGCCAUUCAUGUGCUGCAUGUCAACAGUUUUAACCCCCACUGUCUACGCAGAAGACCAGUUGAGGAGAAUAACGUUUCACCUUCUGAAGUAGUGCAGUGGUCCAAUCACAGAGUGAUGGAAUGGCUCAGAUCAGUUGAUCUGGCAGAAUAUGCGCCAAACCUUCGAGGAAGCGGAGUGCACGGUGGCCUCAUUAUUCUCGAACCUCGCUUCAAUGGUGACACACUGGCAAUGCUGCUGAAUAUUCCACCUCAAAAGACCCUACUGCGACGCCACCUAACAACCAAUUUUAAUGUAUUAAUUGGACCAGAGGCACAGCAAGAAAAGAGAGAUAUAACAGAGUCAACAGCAUACACACCUCUGACCACCACUGCCAAAGUUCGGCCAAAGAAACUUGGAUUUUCACAUUUUGGAAACUUAAGAAAAAAGAAAUUUGAUGAAUCAACAGACUACAUUUGUCCAAUGGAUACAAAUCCAGGUGCUACAAAUGGUACUCAGAAGAACUAUAGUGGAUACAAAGGACUUAGUCCAUUCACUGAUAGGGAGCUGGAUCAGGUGGGACAAACAGACUGAUGCCAUUCUCAUCUCACCCUCUCCUUGCAUUCCAAAGCUUGCAAAAAAUGAAACAUUAGCAUAUAACAGUAUUUGCUACAUCCGCAUGAACUCAUUGAGAAAGUAUUGGCUAUGGACACUUGAAAGAGUUUAUACUAAGAAUGUUAAGGUUUGUUGUUGUUUUUUUAAUCAACAUAAUGAUAAACUCAUCCAUCUUAAAGCCCUUUUUCAGGAAUGUAACACCUUUACACUAUGAAGGUCAAUGUAUCUUGACAGUUAAAGUGGAGGCUGCAGUAAACACGAGACUUUUGUACGUCUAGCUUUCAUAAUCUGAGUAUGGAACACAACUUUUUUCUUUAUCUUUAUAUGGGUGGUUUUUAAUGUAAUAAAUUUGGACUAAUUUGUACAGAACUAUCAAGUUAUAUAUUAAAAGUACAACUGGGUUGUAUAUUUUUAACAGAUUAAUCAAAGCAUCCAACUGAAUUCUUUCAUUAUGUACAGUGGGAAGUAGUUAUGCUUAAACAGGUAUACAUGAAAACAGUGCCUCAAUAAUGAGCAAGAUUAUUAAUAAACCAAUACUUAAGUAAUUCAAUUUUGUUAUUUAGUAGUGAACUGCUAAAUGAAACCAUGUCUAGACAUCAUACAAAUGAUGAAGACUAAAACAAAUUGAACUCUCUUCAACUUUGCUUUUGUGUAAAAGGAUGUAAGCCCUGAAAAAUGGAGCUAACGGAGGCUUGUGUGAACUUUGUUAACACAAGAUCCAGACAGAUGCAACUGGGCUAACUGUCCUAUCUCCAGUGACCUUCAGUGAAACAUUUUAAUCCUAUUGAGAGAAUGGUCACAAAAUUGAUAAGACUAACUAUGAAAGUCAUUCUGUCAUUUGCAUGGUUUGCUGCAUCUAACAUCUCAUUUGUGUUCAUUAUCUAACCAUUGUCUUUUUUUUGUGUGCACGUUAGUAAAAAUAAAGUGCUCUUCUUAAGUGGGGACAAUAGUAAAGCCCUGACAGAAUUGAAUAUACAAACUGUAAUUUAGUGUGGAUGUCCAGUUAUGUGGUUAAGAGUUGAAAGGGAAUGCAUUAACUUUGAGCCAACAGCUUACAACAUGUGGCUGUUCAAGCAUUACAGAAAUACUGGAUUUUUCACUGGGGAAGUGGUCUUCUACUUAAGCCUGACUUCUGAGUAUGUGGUCACACAGUGAAACCUUAAUGCCCUAGAACGGAUAACCUUUUUUGGGUAAGAAUAGGUAGGGAUGUAUUAUGAAGGACAGUUAUUGCUUGCCUAUGGAGGUAUAUUACCAGAAUUAUUUUGUGUGUUUUACCUUCUGGAAAAUAUUGCUCUUCACUGCUAAUACCAGUUAAGCUUUUUCUUUUCUUUGUGAAUUACAGCUAAAGUUUCACAGAAUCAGUCUUUCUUCAUCAGGAUUCAAUCCUUCUAUCACUAAUGCAUUUUCAUGUACUUCUUAGCAUGGAGACAUUUUUGUUAAUGUGUAACUUUCCAAAGUGCAGAAAUCACAACUUCUAAAAAUACUGCAGCUUCAUUUGUCAAGGCAGAGAGACCUCCCAAAGAUGCAGGUAGAGUGAAUAAAAUUGCACAUACUGUCUGAUUUGAACCAGUUGCUG